AUCCGAUAUUUAUAUCGAAUAGAUGUCAAGUAAAUCUCAUCUCUAUUGUUCAGAAUCUAACAAGGCGUGCGAAAAAACAUUUAAAUCUGAAAAACAAGGAAUUUUGUGAUCUACGGAGGUUUCCAGCGGUAUGCAUGGAUUCUAGGACGAGCCCCCAAUGCCGCGGCAUAACAAAUCGCAAUGACGGAGAACACAGAGCACGCCGCUGCGGUGGAAAACCCUCGAAUAACCGAGUCGAAUCUGGACCCAAAGCCUCCGGAGCAGGAACCAGUGGCCUCGGAGAUUGUCCCAUCCGUUAAGGUGAAAUGCGAGCGACCAGACGCGGAGGUGGAGGCAAAACUUCGGGCCCUAAAUGCCAAGUAUAAGGCAGAUGCCCUGGCUGCGUCGCACAGAAACAGCAAAGAUCAGGAAGAUGAGUCGGAAGAUAGCGAGGCCUCCUCUGCAGAGGAUAAGAAGGCUAUAAUGCCCGUUAAGUCGUCCAACGAGAUCCUCGCCGAGCUAUUCGGCGUUUUUAACGCUGCCCCGCCUGAAGAGCUGCUGGACGACAAGAAUCUUCUCAAGAAGAAAAAAGUCAAAAAGGAGAAAAAGGAGAAGAAAAGCAAAAGGAAGAAGGCUCCUAAAUCGGAUGGCGAGUGCAGUGACGCUAACUCCGCUGAGGGAAAACACAAGCACAAGCGAAAGAAGCACAAGCACAAACACAAAGACAGCAAGGACAAGGAUAAAGUUCGAGAUCGGGAAAAGUCGAAGGAGAAAAUAACAUUGGCGGGUGCUAGGAUAACUGCCGAUACUGCUACAACGACAGGGAAGGAUAAAGUAAAGUCUGAAAGCAGAAAGAGAUCUGCCACCGAGGCGAGGAGUCACUCGAAUUCCCAUUCGCUUGUAAAAAAGGAGAGGCACGAAAGGAACAGGGACCGGGAAAAAGAAAAGGGUCAGGAUCAUGAUCGAGAGAGGGAACAAGGCCGAGAACGGGACCGUUCCGGCAACAGCUUCUAUAAUGGCCAUCGUGAUACGGAGCAAUCCAGAGACAAUGAAGCCGAGUCCAAGUCCCGUCAGUCACGCGAGGUUUCGGACGUCUCAUUAUCCGACGAGGAGUCUUUCCUGCGGGAAAAGGCUAAUAAUGGUCGCCGCCGGCCUCAUCACAAUCCCUUCUAUGAUGUUAAAGAAGAGCCUAGAUCAGAAACGAAAGUAGUGCCCAAGCAAGAGCCGCAGCAGAGCAAGCGGAGAGUGCGAGACCAUGAUUCCCGGAGGCAGCGAAGGUCAAGGUCCCGUACACGAUCUCGGUCGCGAGAUUUGGGUAUCGACAAAAAACGUUUAUUGGAGAUCGCCCGCAAAAACGCGAUCAAUAUGUUUAAAAGGGGAACGCUGCCCGGGGUUGCGAACAUGGCACCUGAGGUCAAGGAUAAGGUGUUGGUGAAAAUGCGUUACGGCGGGAGGAGCGUUCAAGAUUUAACUGAUUUCUGUAAAAAAAUCUCUAACGGGGACGGUCUCUCCGACCUAAGCUCGGACGAGGAUUCGGACGUGGAUAAAAAUGGAAAUGCGAAGGCCUUCCAUCAUCCAUUCCAGUUAAAGGAACGGGAACCCAUUGUGAUGCACAUCCGCAACGCCACGCCUCUGACGCCAGCCGCACCACGGAGUGAGGAUCAAACGAAGGCCAUAACUAUGCAGUUUCCGGUUUCAUCGGGACAAACGCAUCGCAUGAACGAGGCGUGGGUGCCGGUGGAGCCCAAGGGUGCGCUGGCGCCACUUCCUUCUCUUCCACCCGCAAAGCAAUCCACAAAUAUUUUCAAAGAAACGCAAAAGAAUGUGUUUGCCAAGUCCAUCCCCUCCCAGGAUCAGCAAGAACCAGCCUUUAAAGCGAUGGGGGGACCCGGUGUAAGACCCGCCGUUCCAUCUGCUCAAGAACCCGUCCCGCCUCCUGUUCCGGUUCCAGUCGAUACUGCACCGCCGGCAAUUGUGGCACCAUUUGUUCCUGAGGUACCCAUACCAUCGGCAACACCAACACCUGCGCCAAAUGACUCGAUAUUUCCGGAGGUGGCACCGCCCUCCAUGGAUGUGGGUAGCAUCAUUACCCAGCGUCUCAGUGCCAUUCGUCGACUGCAGGACAAUCCAUCUGACUCAGAAGCUUUAAAAAUGAUGUACGUCGCUCAGUGUAAUAUGUCAUCGUGGGCGAGUUCGAAGCACUUGCCUGGUCAGUUUACCGGCAGCACUGGAGCUCAGGUGAUGAAGGCCCAUGAACUGAACAGCGGUCCUCAGCUGUGGGUGCGCAAAGAUCAAUUGACUUCUACUAAACCGGUGACCGGUGGCAUGGGUAUGGCGUUGCUGCAAAAAAUGGGUUGGAAGCCUGGCGAGGGCCUGGGGAGAAGCAAAACAGGAUCUCUGCAGCCCCUCCUUCUGGAUGUAAAGCUGGAUAAACGAGGCCUGGUGUCUCGAGAUGACCUCAAGGCCCCUCAGUCGCGACAGCCACCUGUCCAGCGUCGAAACAAGAACCCACCCGCUCCCAUCGGAGUACCCGGCCCACCGGGAAUGAGAAUGGGAGGAGGAGGAGGAGCCACGGCAGGGCCGCCAACGGGGACAUGUCCUCCAUUGAUCACACACGACAAGCAUCCGGUGUGUGUGCUGAACGAAUUGACAUCAAAGAAUAAAUGGACGCCACCGCAUUACACGCUUCGCGAGAAUACUGGUCCGCCUCACAGCCGGACGUUCCUUUUCUCGGUGGAGAUUAAUGGACAGACUUAUACGCCGGACCGGGGCUGCAAUAACAAGAAGGAAGCGAAGCUAAACGCCGCCAAACUUUGUCUCUGCGCCUUAGGCAUUCUGCCGCCAAGUUAGUAGCGGGAGUCGGGAGUAGGAUAAAUUGUAGGUAGUAAGAUGCAAAGUUUACUUCUAAGACGAAAAUGUAAUGUGUACAUAAAGAUAGCCAUAAAUUAUAACGUAA